AGAGAGCUUUGUUCUGUAGUUGAGUUUUAGUUUUAAAGGGGUAGAGAGAGAGAUGGAUAUCCAGACAAGACAGAAUUCCAAAGCAGAUUCCAAUUCUGCUGCCGUUGAGGUCUCAGUUGAUUGGAGAGGAAGAACCUGCAAAACCAACAAGCAUGGAGGAAUGAGAGCUGCAGUAUUUGUAUUGGGGAUUCAAGCAUUUGAAAUGAUGGCAAUUGCUGCGGUAGGGAACAACCUCAUAACAUAUGUGUUCAAUGAGAUGCACUUCUCACUGUCAAAAUCAGCAAAUACAGUCACUAACUUUGUAGGGACUGUAUUUCUGUUGUCUUUGCUUGGUGGCUUCCUCUCUGACUCUUAUCUUGGGAGCUUUUGGACCAUGUUGAUUUUUGGGUUUGUGGAACUCUCCGGUUUCAUACUACUAUCAGUUCAAGCUCAUCUCCCUCAACUAAGGCCACCACAGUGCAACAUGCAAAGUGAAGCACAGCUCUGCAUCCAAGCCAAAGGCUUCAAGGCCUCGAUAUUCUUCCUGGCUCUCUACUUGGUAGCCUUGGGGAGUGGCUGCCUUAAGCCUAACAUAAUCGCCCAUGGGGCUGAUCAGUUCAGUAAGGAAGACCCUAAGCAAUCAAAGAAGCUCUCCACAUACUUCAACACCGCCUACUUCAGCUUCUGCGUCGGAGAGCUCAUCGCCCUCACCGUCCUCGUGUGGGUCCAGACACGGUCAGGGAUGGAUGUUGGAUUUGGAGUGUCCGCAGCUGCGAUGGCUGUGGGCCUGAUCAGCUUGAUUUCUGGCACUCUUUUCUACAGGAACAAGCCUCCUCAAGGCAGCAUCUUCACCCCAAUUGCUCAAGUCUUUGUAGCUGCAAUAAAAAAGAGAAAGCAAGUUAAUCCAUCGAAUUUAGAGAUGCUUCAUGGAAACCGAAAUGAUACAGCUACCCACACUGUCACUGCCACUAGUCUUGAUCCAUCUUCUAAUGCUGGGAACCUUCUUCAUACUCAACGAUUCAGGUUCUUGGAUAAAGCAUGCAUCAAAAUCCAAGAUGGAGGAGCUCCCACGAAGGAAAGUCCAUGGAGACUGUGCACCGUGGCCCAAGUCGAGCAAGUGAAGAUAAUCAUAUCCGUCAUUCCCAUUUUUGCCUGCACCAUCAUCUUCAACACCAUCCUAGCCCAGCUACAGACGUUCUCCGUGCAACAAGCAAGAUCCAUGAACACCCAACUCACAAAAGCCUUCCAAAUCCCACCAGCCUCCCUUCAAUCCAUACCAUACAUCAUACUCAUCUUCCUCGUCCCCCUCUAUGAAACUGCAUUCGUCCCCCUCAUGCGCAAGGCCACAGGCACCUCCUCCGGCAUCUCCCCCCUCCAACGCAUUGGCGUUGGCCUCUUCAUCGCCACCUUCUCAAUGGUCGCCGCAGCUCUAGUAGAGAAGAAGAGAAGGGAAAUGGUCACAGCCUCAAACAAAGAAGAAAUCUCCAUCUUUUGGAUUGCACCACAGUUCAUCAUAUUUGGGCUAUCAGAGAUGUUCACAGCAGUGGGCCUCAUUGAGUUCUUCUACAAACAGUCAAUGGCUGGGAUGCAAUCAUUUCUAACAGCCAUGACCUAUUGCUCUUACUCAUUUGGGUUCUUCUUGAGCUCUCUCUUGGUCUCCCUGGUGAAUAAAAUUACCUCAAAAUAUUCAACUCAUGGUGGGUGGCUGAGUGACAAUGACCUUAACAAGGAUAGGCUGGACCUUUUCUAUUGGUUGCUAGCAAUCCUCAGCACCAUCAAUUUCUUCAACUACCUUUUUUGGUCUAGAUGGUAUUCUUCCAACCAAUCUCCAUCACCCACUUCAGCAUCACACGAUUCUCAUGGGGUGGACCACCAUCUUUUCACCUCUUCAAAGCAUAUUGGAGACGACAAUAUUCCUUAGGAGAAAUGCUAAGGUGACUGCCUCACACGUGGAAAGCACGGCACAUGUUGGCGGGAUUAUAGGUGAUCAUCAUGGCCAUCCCUACUGUAUAGGCGCCAUGUCUCAAAAAUAAGGCCGUCCGAUCAUCAGGUGGGCCCCAACUGUGCGAAACAAAUGACCGGUUAUAAGGAGAAGUCACCCAAUGACCCAAUUUUGAUGCAUCGGAUCUGCCUAAUAUUUUCGAGACACGGCAUCUAUACUGUGUGGAUCGCCAGAUGAGAAGCUCCGGUGUUACAUGUGUGGCUAGAUUCCACGUGUGAGGCAAGCUCAAGCAAGUGCACUUAGCAUUCUCAUAUCUUACAAGACAAUAAUAUCUCUUCGGAGAUAUUUUUUUCCCAAACCUUUUCUCCUGUCUUGGUAUUAAAGGAAAAAAAAAAAAAGAGCAUGAAACACCAUGUUGGUGUGGGGCCCACUAUAAUGGUGCAAUGCGAGGUUGAUAACUCUUGUAUCUACUUUUUCCUUUGUUUAAUAAUUGACUUUUGUCAAGAGGCUACUUUUUAAGGGUCCCAAGGUCUUUGAUUUGAUUCCAAGGAUCUUGAUCAGACCUUUGUAUUGUAAAAGUAUAAAAGGGUGUUAGGUCUAAUCCCAUCUCCGCAGAUUCAAUGCA